AUGUUGCACGUCAAGCGAACUCGUAGUAUCACAGCAGCGUCUUCAAAAGAGACCAUAUCGAAAAGACGUAAAACAAUCGAACAGGUCCAGCCAAAGGGCAAAGAAGAGACGCUUCCCACGGUACAAUCAGCAUUGAAGCUACAUGCAAUACGUCAACCAUACAACGUCUCGACCGACCACCCUCUCCCAAGCAUCCAACACGACAGCGAACUCCUAGUAAAAGUGCAAGCUGCAGGCCUCAACCCAAUCGACUGGAAAGCACCCGACUACAACUUCGGCAUCCCAACCCUCCCCUAUAUAUCCGGCCGCGAAUACAGCGGCACAGUCCUCCUCACCCCAACAAGAACCUCGUCUCGCAUCAAAAAAGGCGACCGCGUCCUCGUCCCUUCAACCGACUACCGCGACCCACGCAAAGCCGCCUACCAACACUACAGCAUCGCAUCCACUUUCAACACCAUCCGUCUACCACCGAACAUCACCCUUAAUUCCGGCAGUAUCCUAGGCGUAGCUUUUGUCUCCGCCGCCCUCACACUAGGGAUAUGUCUCGGCCUCGAUUUCUCCGACAUUGAGAACGGGCCUGACAUUUUCGGUAUUGUACGGAGUCUGGAUCAGGAGGAUAUACCGAGUGAUAUACGACAAGAAUGUUUCCAUAGUAUUGGCGCCAAAGAACGUAUCAAAGCCGGAGAUAACCUGGUUAUCUGGGGCGCGGGAUCGGUGUACUUCUGGCCUCGGAAGCAGCGCGACCGGAUUAUCUCGUUGACGCGCACGACGCAGGAAGAGCGGUGGAAGUAA